AGCACGCGCACGCGCUAAGGAGGUGGAGCGAAGGGUGUCUCCCGAGGCUCUGCCCACACCACAAGCUGAGUUGUGUUGGUCUCUGGACCCUAUCUGUUGUGUGGCCAGGUCAGGUGACUACAUCCAGAAUGGCUUCGAAGUCGGGGGACGGUCGGACAAUGUGCGCGCUGGAGUUUACAGUGCAGAUGACCUGUCAGAGCUGCGUGGACUCCGUGCACAAGGCCCUGCAGGGAGUGGCAGGUGUCCAGAGUGUGGAGGUCCAGCUGGAGAACCAGAUGGUGUUGGUGCAAACCACUCUGCCCAGCCAGGAGGUGCAAGGGCUCCUGGAAAGCACAGGAAGGCAGGCUGUCCUCAAGGGCAUGGGCAGCAGCCAGUUACAGAAUCUGGGAGCAGCAGUGGCCAUUCUGGAGGGCUGUGGCACCAUACAGGGCGUGGUCCGCUUCCUACAGCUGACCUCUGAGCUCUGCUUGAUUGAGGGGACCAUUGACGGCCUGGAGCCUGGGCUGCAUGGAUUCCAUGUCCAUCAGUAUGGGGAUCUCACACGGGAUUGCAACAGCUGUGGGGACCAUUUUAAUCCUGAUGGAACAUCUCAUGGGGGCCCUAAGGACACUGAUCGGCACCGAGGAGAUCUGGGCAAUAUCCAGGCUGAUGCUGAUGGCCGAGCCACCUUCCGGAUAGAAGAUAAACAGCUGAAGGUCAGAUGAGGAGAGUGUGGGGGACCCCCUUCAAGGACAGUGGAGACAGGCUGUUGUUUCCUUUCAAAGGUGUGGGAUGUGAUUGGCCGCAGUCUGGUUGUCGAUGAAGGAGAAGAUGACCUGGGCCGGGGAGGCCAUCCCUUAUCCAAGAUCACAGGGAACUCUGGGAAGAGGUUGGCCUGUGGCAUCAUUGCACGCUCUGCUGGCCUUUUUCAGAAUCCCAAACAGAUCUGCUCCUGUGACGGCCUCACUAUCUGGGAGGAGCGAGGCCGGCCGAUUGCUGGUGAAGGUCGAAAGGACUCAGCCCAGCCCCCUGCUCACCUCUGAACAGGGUCUCAGCUCAGGAUAUUCUGUCAUUUACCUGCAGGUGGGGUGGUGGGAGGGCUUUGCUUGUGCAGGC